ACCCAGAAGAAUACAUGAACAUCCUCAGAGGUUUAACUGAAUUACCCUCUCAUAUGGAAUAUGUUCAACAGAAACACAAGGAGACUCUGCGAGCACAGACUGAAACACUGAGAGUGAACACCAUCCUGAUGUCGGAGGAGGUUAAGAAUUUCCUGCUGCGUGAUCGAUACGCUGAGCUCACAAUUAUCUCCACUGUUCGAGAUCGGACACUGGUGGAACAAGAGCUGCUGGCAAGAGGCAGGGACCAUGAAGAGUGGAUAGAGAAAUGUCUCCGGGAAAAACUGGAAAAAAUCAGGACUGAUCAAUUGGUCCACAGCAGCUUUUCCCGGAGUAAAUCCAGAUCUGGGAGUUCAGCAACAGUGGCCGGAGUCGCGGGGAUCGGAAAAACAACAAUGGUGCAAAAGAUUGUUCAUGACUGGGCCACGGGGCAAAUAUACCAACAAUUCCAGUUUGUCUUCAGUUUCAAAUUCCGGGAUUUGAAAAUGAUUAAAGACAGAAUAAACCUGAGGGAACUGAUUCUGGAACAGUAUCCAUACUUUGGGAAUAUGCUAGGAGAGGUCUGGAAGAACCCAGAGGGAUUGCUGUUUAUAUUCGAUGGUCUGGAUGAAUUCAAGGGCAGAAUCGAUUUUGCUGACAGUCGGAGAGAUACAGAACCUCAGCACCAGUGCCCAGAUCCUGAAUCCCGGUGUGAAGUGUCUGACAUUGUGUAUAGUUUAAUCCAGCACAAGCUGCUCCCAGGGUGUUCAGUGCUAGUGACCACCCGCCCCCAAGUUCCCAAGACCAUCACACAACUAUAUUGCUACUUUAUUUACAACAUCCUGAAAAACCACGGCCGUGAGAUUGAGAACCUUCGUGAAGUGUUACUGAAGCUUGGUCAGAUGGCCUACACUGGAGUGGCCGAGAAGAAUAUUGUGUUCACAGAUGCAGAUUUGAUCAAACACAAUCUGCAGCCUUCCCAGUUCCUGUCCGGGUUCCUGAUGGAACUUUUGGAGAGAGAGGAUUCAGCCCGGAGCGUGGUGUACACCUUCCCGCACCUCACCAUCCAAGAGUUUGUAGCCGCACUCGCACAAUUCCUGACUGUAGAUCCCGAGAAUAUCGUGAAACACCUGUCUGAAGUCCACAGCAUGACAGACGGGCGAUUUGAAGUAUUUGUCCGUUUUGUCGCUGGUCUCUCCUCCCCACGGGAAGUUGGGAUCCUGGAGGAGUUUCUGGGUAAAUUCCCUCAUCAAACAACCGGCCGAGUGAAUGACUGGGUGAAGGGGGAGGUUAAAAGCCGGGCUGGAAACACAAAGAGUGAAGCUGAUAAACGGAGGCUCCUGAACACGAUGCACUACCUGUUUGAGUCUCAGAAUCCUGCACUGGCUCAGCAGACACUGGGAUCUGUGAAAACACUUUCAUUCCGUGAACUGGUACUGACCCCGAUUGACUGUACGGUCCUGUCUCAUACCAUCAGGCUCUGUGAUACAAUCAAACACCUCGAUCUGGAUAGCUGCCGCAUUCAGUGUGAAGGUCUCCAGCGGCUGGGACCGGCUCUGCACAAGUGUCAGGAUUCUGGAGCCGUGGAUCUCGCCUCCGCUCUCAGUACAAACCACACGGUGACGGAGCUGUACCUGAGUGGGAAUAAACUGGGAGAUUCCGGAGUGAAACUGGUGUCUGAAGCUGUGAGGAACCUGGACUGUAAAAUACAGAGACUGGGGCUGAACGGUGUCGGUCUCACAGAUUCUGGAGCCGAGGAUCUCGUCUCCGCUCUCAGUAAAAAGCCCUCACUGACGGAUCUGCGCCUGACACACAACUCCCUCACAGACCUGUGUGUCCCCGCUCUCCGCAACCUCAUACUGACCCUCCCGAGACUGAUGUGGAUCAGGCUGGGGGAGAAUGAGUUCAGGUCGUCCGGGAAGAAGGAACUGAAGUCGCUGGAGGCACCCAGACCCGGACUGAGAGUGACCGUGUGAACAUCUCUGGGUGUAAACGUCACUGCCCUGGGGACCGGAAUAUUGUUGCUGUCAGGCCACGUGCCGGAUCUACCCACACACUGCACGGAGG